AGCAGAAACAAAACAUUUAGUAAUUAAUUAUGUACAAGUUAGAAUUGUAAUCUAAUCAGUAUUUGUAGAGAAGAAAUUUCAAUCGCCUUUCUCAUUUACUCCCCUAAUCAUCUUUGGGUUUUAAUUACUCGAAUGCAAACUUAUUCCACCCAAAAACCGGGUUACCGCAGUUUCAGUUUUGCAAAAAGUUAAUUUUGCAAACUAUUAUUAGCCUCGAAUCAUUUGAUGGUAGCAAAACUGGCAGUAUUCAUUUUACCUUGAUCAAAUUCAUUUUAAAAAAGGCUCAGUUUUUCUAUUAGGCUUUAAAAAAAUUGGAGGCCAAAAUUAUUUUGAAAAUAUAUUUAUAAAAAUCCGAAUUGCGAUAAAAAUUAUAAUCUCAAAUACUUUUCAAAAUAUUCAUCCAGUUUUAUUCAUUCUUGUUUUUCACUGAUCAUGGCUUGUUUUGAUUAGAACACAGAAUGAUUUAAUAUUAAUUUCCACAGCAUAAAAAGAAUUUCUUGCACAUGCCUUGCAUGCCUUACCUUGUUUGAGCUCUACGAUCUUUGACUUCGGAAAUUGCCAAUAAACUUUCACUUUUAUUGUGGCAAAAAAAAGAGAACGAUACUGAUUGGAUCCUAAACCUAUUCUCUAGUUAUGACGAGGUUCUCCGUAAUAAUUCUGCUUCAAAUUUCCAUGAGUUUACUGGGCUUCAGUUUGGCAAUCAACUCACAACCAGGUUUAAUGUCGAAUUCAUGGCAACCUAUGGGCGGCAAACCAGGGUUUUCGCUGACGUCUGAUGGAUCUUUCGAAGACGUGAGUGGUUGCAGCAAUCUGAAUUCAGUUAGCUACUUGAGGUACUCGGAGCGCUUCCGGAAGAACGAAUGUGCGUCAGUCGCCUCUUUUGCUGGAACAUACAUUCCAAAUAACAAAACUACAAAAGUGAACUUUUCAAUGGCACCAGUGACAACGUACCAAUUUGACUCUCUUGAAACCUCCAAAGAGUUGAAUUUUUCAUAUUCGAUGAUACAAGAGAAUGGUAUGGUUGUGCUGUUUGGCAUACCGGAGCGAUUCACCAAGAAAGAAGACUUUUACUUAGUCAUAAAAGCGGAAAAUUUGUGCGGGAAACUGAUUUUGGAUACGCCCAACAAUGCUGCUGGGAAGCAAAUCGCGAUCAGUAGCGAUACUUGUGCAGCAGAAACCAAAGCGUUUGCUUACUAUCCAGAAACAUGUCAUCACUCCAACGCUACUAAAAAGGCAAAUAUAACGGGAAGGUGCGUAGCCAAUGCAGUUGUGACGUCACCAAGCGGGAUUCCACUAGCGAAGUGCUUCCAUAACAUGGAUCGUCCAUAUAUUGGACCGGGCUCUUUCUGCGCUUGCAAGGCUGGAUACGAACCAGAUGACCAAAGGCCAGAUCAAUGUUUCAAGUGUCGUCCUCAAACGUACAAGGCAUCAGUUGGCAACAUGCGCUGUUCGCGCUGUCCCCGGGGAUCAAUGUACGACGAAGAGACGACAGAACGGUGCAAGUGUGAGUUGGGUCUGUUUCGUCUGAAGGGAGACCCGAUAGGUCCAUGCAACAGGCCACGCAAACCACUGAAAGUGAUUUUAAAGCGAGACUACACGUGGGCAAACAUCUCGAUCCCCAGAGACGACAUUCAAGACGAUGUCCCUUAUGUCGCGUACGUGUACGAGAAAAAAGAAUACCCGCAAUCACUACCUACGGUCUCCAAGUACAUUUCGCGGUCUCGGCCCGAAGUCAUGAUUCGAGAUCUGAAACCACACACUGAGAUGUUGGUGUUUGUUUGCGACACGCGAGAACUGGACUACUCGCCGAUUAUGAAUCCAAAUUAUGAUCGAAAUCCGAGCUUCGAGGAAGAUCGAUUUCAUAAUGUGUUCAUUUCCUCGAAAUCAGAAGGGGAUUGGAAAGCAUAUGGAUGUGAAAAGAGCGAGUUCAAAACAUCCGAAGACAUUUCGAUAAGAGAUCUCUCAAUCGACCCUGUGGGAUCCCCCACCAGUCCCAAACUCCUGGUCCAGUGGUCUCGACCGGAGGCCCUCGAAAAAGCAGACCACUCUUUCCGCUACCUGGUGGACAUCAUCUGCGAUGGUAAUUCCAUCUGGAUGUCAACUGUGGAUGCCACCCAGACGUCCCUGGAGUACCCGGUGUCAACUAUCGAGGGAACUUACAGAGCAGAUGUGAGAUUGGAGCUCAAUGGGAUGGAAUUGUCUAGACUGAGCAGUAAAACUAUCACUAUUAACUCGGAAACUUCUACGGCCAAUAUGUCCACUCUUCUGGUGACAGUUGUUGGGCUGAUUCUGGUGAUUCUGUUUGUCGUCUUCCUCUUGGCAGUCAUAUUCUUGAGAGCCAGACGCGACAACAUCUUCCCUCCUCCGAUUCCAGGCAGCAAAAGUCACCACGCCACACUAAAUAUGUUCAACUAUGAUCCUAUCACGAAUGUGACUACCAACACAUACGACAGUGAAAAGUGGGGAACUCUCUGCUUCGAUCAGUCGCCAGCAGCUAUUAGAUUCAUGGAACCCGAGACGGAACUCCUUCCGCUCUAUGAAAGUCGCAACAAAUCGUGGCAGGAUCUCUUCUCCGCUCUGGAGAUCGUCCAUAUUCCCAUUUCAGAUCUGGACACGGAAAAACUACAGCAUUCUCAGAUGCUAUCGAAAGGUCAGUUCGAAGUGUGUAAAGUGCGUAGCAAAGACAACAGCAACAACUAUGACCAACUACAGCAGGCUCAGCUGGACCUGAAGUUCUGUCCCACCGCAGAAGAGCACCCCCAGGGCAGAGGCAGUGCAUACAGGGCACUGGUCAUUGAGGCAGCCACACUCGCUCAGCUUAAACACAACCACGUCGUGUUGAUGCACGGAGUAGUCGAGUACUGUACUGAGCAAAGUGUGCAACUGGCUCUCCUGCUGGAGGACUGUGGGUCCAUGACGUUACAGCAGUACUGCAGUGCCUCUGGAGUGCACCAGCCGGGCAUCAUGGAGAAACUCCAGCACCUCAGAGCCAUCGCCACAGCCCUCGAGCACUUCUCGCAAUUGCAAUACGUACACAAGGUGCUCAAGGCGGACAAUAUCCUCAUCAACCCCAAUGGAGUGUGUCGAGUGGCUGGAUUCGAGGACAGAGUCGAGUUCAACAAAGCACCCGAGGAGAUGUUGCAGAAGUAUCUUCGUUUCUGGCCUCCCGAGGUGGUCAAGGGGCGUCUGUGGUCCCUCGGGACAGAUAUCUGGAGUUUUGGGGUGGUGAUUUGGCAGUGCUUCAACCCCACAGAAUUCCCUUUCCAGCAGUACACUGAUGCACAGGUAGAGAAGUUUGUGAUGGAGGGUCUGUCGCUGUCUCCGAACCCGAGUGACAUGAUACCACCCAAGUUGUCGGAGGUUAUGAAGGCCUGCUUCGCCUACAACUCAGUCCACAGACCCACAGCCUUCGACCUCAAAGAGAUCAUACAUUCCAUACUAUUCCCCACCAGGUCACCCGACUACUCUUACAACGUAGACUACAACACAAUCCGCUUCCUCUUAGAACAGAACAAAAUGUCCAAGUACGCAGAACUGUUUGAGCUUGUGGGAGUGGAUAGAAUAGAGCAACUACAGUGGACAGACGCCUACCUCAAAAACCUCGGAAUCCACGAGAAAAAACACAGACGCAAACUAAUCACAGAGGCCUCCAAAGUGCUACACGGAAAGGCCGUAUCACCCGUUUGAGCAGAAAAAGAAAAACUUUUUAUGGGAAAAUAAGCCAAGCAAUAUUCCUGAAGGCGAGUUACAAUUCGAUGGAAGCCGCCAACCACGAAUGAAUCUUUCGUUUUUGAUGUUGUUGUAACUUGCAGAGCAGUGCUAUAUUCUUAAACUACUUUCUUCACUUAAUAAUGACUAGUAAGACACUAGUUAUAAUAGUAUUCUAAGCUAAUUGCAAAGUGCCAACUGGUUUGGUUGAUUUUUAGAAAAAUUGAUCGGGCUGGAGAAAUAUCCAUUCAGAUUAUAUUCGUGUAAAUUAAUAUCAAUUUGAAAUUGUUCUAGUUGUUGUUGUCUCUAUUAAUUAAUUAAUCACUGCGCUUUGGUUCGGUUACGUUAGUCGUUGUUCAUUUAUCAGUUAGAAGUUAAUUAAUGCUCAAUUCCUUCAGGUGUUGAUGAUUGGUUGAAUGCUGUUGUUGAUUAUCUAUGUUCAUCAUCAUCAUCUUCAAUUCUCUCUCUCCAAAUGCGCUUCAGGAUAUUCAGGAUAGUGCAGUCAGUACAGAUUCAUCGAUUUAUAUUUUGUUACCUUACUUAAUUCAAAUUCCAGUUUUAA